AUGGCUUUCAUCCAGAAGGGUCUCAAGAACAUUCUCCAAAAGAACCCCCACGAUGUUGUCUUCCUAUCAGCACUUCGGACGCCAGUCACAAGGGCGAAGAAGGGUGGACUGCGCGAUGCGUACGAGCAUGAACUUCUAGGAGCGGUUCUCAAAGCCACGAUGGCCAAGUUCCCCAACCUCGACCCCGCGAAGAUAGACGAUAUAUGUGUCGGCACAGUUCUCGCAGAGCUCGGUGGCUCGAAAGCAGGUCGAAUGGCAGCGAACCACGUCGGCAUCCCCACAACAACCUCCUUCAGCACCGUAAACCGCGCCUGCGCAUCCGGCCUCUCCGCCAUAACCUCAAUCGCGAACUCGAUUGCCGUAGGACAAAUAGAUGUCGGCAUUGCAGGCGGCAUGGAGAGCAUGACACGGAACUAUGGCAGCAGGGCCGUACCCACAGAACUCUGGCCGGAGAUGAAAGAAAGUCCCGUGAAGGAAGCCAGAGACUGCAUAAUGGCCAUGGGCAUAACCUCCGAAAACGUCGCAUCACGCUACGGCGUCAGCCGCGCCGACCAAGACGCCUUCGCCGCCGAAUCGCAACAGCGCGCCGCCAAAGCACGGAGAAGCGGCCUCUUCGACGAUGAGAUCGUACCCGUAACCACCCGAUGGAUCGAGCCCGAAGUCCCCGAGAACACAAAGAGCAUCACAGUGACGAAAGACGAUGGAAUCAGGCCUGGGACAACGGUCGAGAAACUCGCGGAGAUGAAACCUGCGUUUAUCAAAGACGGCACAAGUACAGCGGGAAACAGCAGUCAAGUCUCCGAUGGCGCGUCUGCAGCGCUGAUGAUGCGUCGGUCCACGGCCACAACGCUCGGUCUGGAAUCCCAGAUCAUCGGCAAAUGGGCGGGCACACAAGUCGUUGGUUGUUCGCCUGACGAGAUGGGCGUCGGACCCGCGUUAGCUAUUCCCAAACUGCUCGACUACACUGGCCUACAAACAUCCGAUGUGAAUGUCUGGGAGAUCAACGAGGCGUUUGCUAGUCAGGCGUUGCAUUGUAUCAGGACACUGGGAUUGGAAAAUAAGAUGGACAAGGUGAAUCCGAAUGGAGGGGCUAUUGCGUUGGGUCAUCCGUUGGGAGCGACGAGUGGUAGGAUGUUGGCUACGUUGCUGAAUGAGAUGGGGAGGAGUGGGGAGCAGGUUGGUGUGCUGAGUAAGUGUAUUGGAACGGGUAUGGGGAUGGCUAGUUUGAUUGUUAGGGAGUAA